AACCUAUCCAGUACCAUGAUUUGGUAUUUUGUUGAAAAGAGAAGGGUAGGAAAGUCAUUUUGACGAAGAAAAUUAGAAAUGCACUCUCUCGAUGCGGUGUCCCUCUCUAAUCUUCUUCCUGAACCAUUCGAUAUCAUCAGGAUUCAGUUUCCAGCCUUCCACGGUCUUCCGUUAAUGGAAAACGGGAAUUCCCAGCCUUCCCAUGGGCAUCAACCCAACGACCAUGUCAAGCUCAACGUCGGUGGCAAGCUCUUCGAGACCACCCAAUCAACCAUCCUCUCCGGGGUUCAAUCGCUCUUGGCUGUCCUAUCGAAUCGGCUUGCCCACGACACCGACCCGGUUUUCAUAGACCGGGAUCCCGAGAUCUUCUCAGUCCUCCUCUCCCUUCUCAGAUCAAAUCGUCUCCCCUCCACAGCUCGCAGAUUCUCCAAGCAAGAGCUUGCUGAUGAGGCACUCUACUACGGGAUCGAGUCGCACCUCAGGUCCGCGAUGUCGCCGCCUCCGUUCACCGGGAUCGAUGCCUCAGUCGUCGCAACCGUCCGCCCUGCCUCUGACGGCCAUCCAUCUGCGUUCACUGCCGCCUCCGAAGACGGCUCCUUUUGGAUGGCCCAUGGAGGUCAGGUCUCCAGCUAUGAUUGGAAUCUCCUCCAUACCGCGACGAUACGGACUCACUUGGAUGACAUCACAUCGAUUAACCGAAUCUGGCCUGAAAUCGCCGCUAUAGGAUCAGAAUCCGCCGCUGGACUCCACUUCUACGACAUCUCCAGCGACCGUCUCGUCGGCUCGACUCACUGGACCGAUCCCUCCGAUCCACGUAUUUAUAAAGCACGCGUCACGGCGAUCGCAGACUCCCCGAGCUCGGUUUUCGCCUCGUUCGAUUGUCCACACAAAGAGAAUUCCAUCCUCGUGAUCGACAAGUCCACGCUCCAGAUCACGUGGCACCUCGGCCGGCAGCCAGGUAACUCGUCGAAGAACACCGUCCCCGGGAAGCUGACGUGGCUACCGGAGAAGAGCGUGGUGGUUGCAAGCGCGGUCUCGAGCGGGGCGUUCGGGUAUUCGGGAUACAUCAGGUUGUGGGACUCGAGGUCCGGAGAGAUGGUUUGGGAAACGCACGAGCCAGGUUCGGGACGGAGCGAUAGGUACGGAGACACGUUCGCUGACGUGGACGCAGACGCGGAGGAGUCGACUCUGUACAAGAUAUGUUCGAAAUCGGGGGAUCUGGGAAUGGCAGACUUGCGUAAAUUAGGGGAGGAUCCGUGGGUGUAUUUGAAAGACAAGAACCCGGGAAUGAGGAAGACGAGCGGGGAGGGCAGUAGCGUAAUUCACUGUUACGGGAAGCAAGUGUUUGUGGGAAGAGAGGGAAGUUUAGAGGUAUGGUCGAGAGUGGAAGGAGUAGAAAAAGAAAAGGAGAAGGAAGAAUGGGAGGGUUUAUACAGGAGGAAUUACGUGGACAAGGUGGAGGACUCGGAGAGAGGGAUAAUAAAGAGAAUUGAAGGUGGUGGGAACAGAUUGUUCGUUAGUAGAGAAGAUUCGGAAGGUAUUGAGGUCUGGGAAACCUCUCAUUCUUCUAAUUGUGUUCUAGUUUUGUAACAACAACAAUAUAUAUUAUGGAAUGGGAAUAAUUCAUAUUUUAUUUGC